GCGAUCGGCGAAUGAAAUCGAUGGGUAGGAUUGAAGAGGGUUGAAGGAUGUCUCUGGAUCAUCGCUAUAGGGCAAUCUUUCUCUUUCUUUGACUCUUAACUAUAUCAACCAUGGUGCAAGGUGCAUUCAAACGUGAAGUCCAAGUUGGUCGUAUUGUUCUCCUUAACUCUGGUGCCGAUGCCGGUAAAUUGGCUGUCAUUAUCGAUAUCGUCGAUCACAACCGUGCUCUCAUCGAUGGUCCUACCACCGGUGUUGCUCGUCAAGCUUUCUCCUACAACCAUUUGACUUUGACUCCUUUGGUCGUCAAGGAACUUCCUCGUGGUGCUGGUGAAAAGGUUGUCAAGAAGUACUUGGCCAAGUCUGAUGCUAUUGCCAACUGGGAAAAGUCUGCCUGGGCUCAAAAGAUCGCUACUCGCAAGACCCGUGCCUCUUUGUCUGACUUUGACCGUUUCAAGGUUCAAAAGUUCAAGGCUCAACGUCGCUUUGCUGUCGGUUCUGCCAUCCAUCAAGCCAAGAAGCAAGCUGCUUAAAUUUAGUUUAGUAUGCUUAUCCCAUUUUUAUAUGAUUCAUUAUUUGUUUUAUCCUUUGGUUAUUUCAUAGUCUUAUAAUAAACAAGCUGUUGUAUUUCAAAGAAAAGAAAAGAA